GUGGGGGAGGCACGGAAAGACCCCGGAACGCAACUGACGGCGGCACGUUUGUGGGUGACUCCAUCGCAAACGUUCCACUUCACCCCCCCCUACCCCCACCUAAGAUGGCGUACGCGGCGUCGGCGAUGUUAUAGGAAAAAAAAAAACCCCAGCCCCAUCCAUGUCGAGUCGGCUGGCUCCAUUGGUCGAGAGGAUCGGCCCCCAGAGGUCGACGUUCACGUGCGGAUGAGACCCCGCAAGACCUCACCCACCCACACAGCAGGGAGGACGCCCCGGUUGUUUAGUGUGAGGAUACGCGGACGUGUUCGUUCUUUGAAUUGCGCGUGUAACUAAUUUCCUUCCCGUCGUACGUAGCCAAACUCGUGUUCAUCGGAGGUGCGCGAUGAGGAGGGGUGGAUGGGUGGGUAAAGCACAACAAACUAAACGCAGCAAAAAGCCAGCUCAAAAUAAAUUAAGUUUCCCAUCUCGAGCUAGUAGCUCCAGCGCCUGGCCCCGAUAUCGGAGGAGCGUUCCAGACGGACGCAGAAGCGCAUCUGAAAGCGCGCCGUAUUUGUCAUCUUAAGACAUGUUGUUUGGUUCGUGUCCGUCAAAAGUCGUGCCGAGAAGCGCGUGGCUUCGGCCUCUCCGUUACGCGAGCUUCAUCGCUCGAAGCAUCGCAACGUCAACAGCCUCCUCAUCAUCAUCAUCCUCAUCGUCGUCUUCGUCGUCGUCGUCUUCUGGAGCUGGCAAUGUCGGCUUCCCUCUUUCUCCUCCGCGCUCCACCUGGGAGAGAGGGAUGUGCGGCGUGAGGCAGCAGCUGGGCGCCCUGAAGGAGCACCUGCGGGGCAAGGUGUUGGGGCCGGACGGAGUGCCGCUGGGCACCUACAUGUGCCAGCAGAGCCACGUGCCCUGGGCCUGCAGAGGCCCCGAAUGCCUCGAGGAUUGGCUCGUCUCGUCAGAUGCUGAGAUGGGCGGACGCAGCCGAUCGUUUUUAUCGCUGAGCAAGAACAACAAGACCCUGCUCUUUCAUGGCGAACUCGAUAACUACAUCCCUCGAGACGGCAAAACCAAGUACAGCGGGUACUGCACACUGAGGUCCAAGCCCCGGAAGGGUUUCAUGAACAAGAAGAAGGCCUUCGACUGGGGAGACAUGAACGUGCUGUUCCUGCGAGUGAGAGGAGACGGGAGACCCUACAUGAUCAACAUCAGCGUCGACAACUACUACACCCACAUGCAGAACGACCUCUACCACUACUUCCUCUUCACCCGCGGAGGCCCUACCUGGCAGGACGUCAAGAUUCCAUUUUCCAAGUUUUUCUUGGCAUCUCGUGGCAGGAUUAAUGAUGUACAGCAUCCGAUUUGGACAGACCGGGUGGGGACGCUGGGCUUCACUUUGGGCGAGCAGGCGGAUGGGCCUUUCCAGCUCGAAAUCGACUUCAUCGGCGUCUACAAAGACCCCGCGCACAGCGAGGAGUUUGCGUACGAGACGUACAAGCGGAACCCCAACGCCAAGCGGUGACACAGUUGUCGCGAGCGGCACCGCCAGGGGCGGACGGGAGAUGCGGCCUGUGCCGAGGCUGCACUGCACAGCCGCACUGCUGCACGAGCGUGCGUGAGAGCACGUGAAUGAGUUAUUUAAAGAACUAAUUGUUAUAUAUUAUAGUUAUAUAGUUGAGCAGGAAGCUGCCGUAAGCGUAACGGUUCAGCACAAUUAGACUCGCGGGCCAAAGAUCGCCGGUUGCAACCCAUCUCUCGGCAUGGCAGUCAAACCUAUGGGGCAAGUUUAUUGAAAUCCCUCUGUCCACUGAGCAGUCGAAAUGGGUUUACCACAGUUGAUGGGCAGACCGAGUGUGGUGGGAUAAAGUGUGGCCACUCCCUCUGUUUCCAACACAUGUGGUUAGAGUAUGAGACUAGCGGAUGCCCUUCUGGCAGUAGUGGCAUGACAAAGCAAUUUCAGAGACCCGUGUGUUGAACUUCUUUCGCACCAUACGUAGCCAAUUGUGCUAAUCGGAACCUAUGUUCAGGUUUCCCUCGCUUCGUGCGGGUUCGGUUUGUGCAGUUUUGAGUAUAUGCGGUUAAUCUAUUUGUAACCAAAAAUUCGCUAUGUGGUUUGAAUUCACUCCACAUGUGGUCUGGACAUGGGACAACAUUACACUAUGUACUGUAUGCACUACUCAGCAGGUAGCUGUCUCAUACGGUUUUUCUUUGUACACAUCUAUCGCAUAAAGCGAGGGAAGCCUGUAUACUAAAUUAAUAGUUAUGCAAAACGUGUAAAAACAAAGUGAGCAAAGAUGUAUUGUUAUUAACAAUAACAAAAAGCCACGUUUGAGAUCCGAGUGUUAAUAAAUUACUUUUAUUGCAAAACA